CUCGGAAAGCUGCGGGAGGUCGUCAAAGUCCGACAGAGCCAUCCCACCUGCCGUGAGGAACUCGUGGAGGCUGUGAAGGGUCUUGAACUUUACCAUUUGUUCUUUGUUGGUCAGCUCGCGGUACUGGUACUCGUAAUCGCGAGCCAAUUCGUCGUAGAAUUUAUCCCGGAGAUCCUUCGUAUCUGCUGGCAUGGAAUACAGCAGAAUCGUAGCGAAGAGUUGACGAAAGCUGGUACGGCAUCUGAAAGAAUGAGGCUUCUUCUAGACACGCAACCCAUUCGCGAUCGCUCUCAAGGUAGCCUGCUCGCAUUUGAUCAACUCUGAUAUUGUAUACUCUCACAUGUUAAGCUCUGUCAUAGUGAAACAUAAUAGUAUAACCUAUGAACUACAACCUAUCCAUUGUAACGCUGUAAAAGAAUAUUACCCAUUGGGUUUCACUCCCUCGUCGAGAAGGCCGCUCUCUUCCUUUUGUAAUGCGGGCGUAAACGGCUUGGCGGAUGUGACGUCAUGUGGGGAGGAGUCAGAGUCACGUGAGAGGGAGAUGGUAUAGCGGUGAGACAGGAAGAGAUCGGGGCCAGUCGGGUAAGGGAAGAGUGGAGACCACGUUGGGUGGUCGCCGUCCCCUCAGCCUUGUGGCUGAGGGGAUCGGUGACAGCGCCAGCCAGCGGGAUGGAAGAGAGUUGGUUGGAGACUGGACGAGGGUGAGGCCACGGAGGACGAAAGCUGGGAGCAGCGAGUGCAGCAGAGGGGCUGCGUGUGGGAAACAGCAGCGAGGCUGCUAGGGGCUACAGCAGCCUGGGGCUGCAGAGCAAAAGGGCUACGGGAGCGACACGAGGAGACCAGCAAAGAGGCUAUUGGUGGCGACGGGUGCGGCAGCAGCGUCGGCGACGAGCGGAGGGCCUGAGAGUGAGACAGCCUUGUGGGAAGAGAACGCGAACCCAAAUAAAGGACACGGAGACAGAACCAGGGUCGAGUCCUUUAUUACACUGGUGUCAGAAGUGAAACGGCAUCUCAAAACAACUGAGAGAAGAAAAAAAAAGAAUAUUCCUGCGCCAUCAUCUGCUACAUCAUCAGACGACGACGACCUUCCUCAGACGGUGGACCUGCCUGCGAUGGAAGAGGAGAUCCGUGCUGGAACGAGUACGGGUCCGGGUGAGCAAGGUGUCGCCGCGUUGGUGGACCUGUCUGUGCCGGAGGACGCCAACUUACGAUGGAGACAGAUGGCGGCGCAGAUGGAGACCUUGAAAAUCGUGCUGGCGCAACUGUGUGAGUUCACCACGCCGAGGACGGCGUCGGGGAGGCCCGGUGGUGAUCCGCAAGCCUCCGCCUUUCCUGCGCUGCCAGCGCCAUCUGCCACGUGGCACGAAGACGCCAUCUUGGGCGUGGCAGGGGAGAAACGGCGGGAAGCCGCCAUCUUGUCUUCACCGCGACGGGGAGACGCCGCCAUUUCAACAUCGCGGCGGUGACGCAACUUUGCGCUGCCAUCUGGAGGUGCCUCGGGGAGAGCAGCCUGCAGUGAGCUGCUGCGCGAGGACGAGCUGCGAGGAGAGGACGACGAUGCUGCGGCUGCUGGGGCGGGAGCUUCCCGUCCUGGCUCGGGUGCGUGACAACGGAGCAGUCAAGUCGCCGAACGAGUUCUGCGAGGCGUCUCAAGUUGCCACCCUGCCGUCCUCUUCUUGCUGCAGCCCCGGGCGAGUCGUAACGAUACGCACCCGGCCUUAACACACACCUCACCCAUCUUUCGAGGGCCGGGGGGCGAUUGUGUUUUUUCUCUCAUGACUCGAUUGUGCGGAGCGCGGUUCGGACUGUGUGUAUGUGUGUGUAAUAACGAUGAACGCGCUAUCUGCUUGUUGCUUGGUAUCAAUAUAAGUGUGUGCGUGUGUUGAGAAUGGACGGAGAGUCUGCUGUAUUUGCUGAGUGUCAAAUUGUGUGUGUGCGCUGCGGCGUGGAGUUGUUAUCUUGAUGGCGAAGUUAAUUAUUAACUCGGGAGCGUCGGGUAUCUUGCGCUGUAUUAUCUCGUGGGUUACCUUGUGCGAUGGGCUUAAUUGGAAAAAAAAAUUUUUUUUUUGGUGUCUUGUGCUGCGAGGUGCUAUGUGCGAUGUGGUUGUUGCAAGAGAGAGAAUGUUGUGUUGUUGCUGCAAAGUUACGACAGGAUUAAUGGUGUGUUGGUUGCCUGCAGAUCUGCUUGCUAUUGUGCUUAAAUGUACGCGUGUGAUCGCGAUAUGCUGACUGUAUGUGCUGUUACACCGUUCUGUACGGUUAUGGGGUGCAAUGCAUUGGUUGACUGUUGGGGAUUGUUAUUAUUUGUGUGUACCUCUUUGGGAAUUGGUAACAAAUUCGAGGGGAACCCAAAAAUUUGGUUGUAUGGUUGUUGUGCACACGAGAUUACGUGUAUAUUAUAGAUGGGGACCCUAAAAUUUGGUUGUAUGGGUGUUGUGCACACGAGCUUGCGUGUAUAUUAUAGGGGUAAUUGAGCUUUUUGAAAAUGAGGGUGCGCGAUGACGCCGUUGUGGGUGGCUCAGAUGUUAAUGCUAAUGGGAUCGUAAAUGGGCGCCAAGUGGCGUCGCGUAUUCGGUUGAUCGCAUGCAGCCACGAGUUGCUUUGCGAGUUGGGUUGUGUAACCAAUGUGGUUGGUAAAAUAUUGGUUAAAAAUUCCCCGAUAUGACUGCUGCGCGCAGCAAGCUGGGGCUGUGCGUCUAUCGUUGUUGGGGUUGUUACAAUAAGACGGGGGAUGCAUUUUGUGACCCCCAGCAAAGGGAAGCUGGGGUGCACGAAUGGAGAAAACUGGCCACGUGUUCGCACGUUGGGCCGCCAUUUUGCGCGCACGCGGGGUAUGGCGACGAUGCGCUUUGCGGAAAGGGCCGCCAUUUUGAGUGCGCGCGAGAUAUUGCGCGAACGCGCUGGGCGAAGGGGGCCGCCAUUUUGAGCGCGCGGGAAAAACCGCGGUGGGGCAAAUAUUCCAUCUGUUAUGCCUGCCAUUGUUGAUUGGGUGAUGCACGAGUUGUGGUCACAUCGGCCGAUGGCUGACCUGACAGCCCGGAGGCGAAACCUCCGUGGUAUGUCUUAAACUAAUGGGCCAUGUGCUCAUAUGACUCGGGGAGUCAUGGUUCAGUUGUGCGGUGGCAGACUGAACCUGGUGUGCCGGGGGCUCACGGGAUCUGGGUUAGGGUGUUAUUGUCUCUAUAAGAGAACAUUGCCCCGUGGGGGGAGUCAAUGGGGUCUGGCAUUGCCGGGGGAUGAACCUUCCCUGGACUAUAAAGCAUCAGACUAUACGAGGCUGGUGUGUGUCCAUCGCUGAUGGGAUAGUAAGGGAGGAGCAUGGCCGAGUGCUGCUCAUCCCCGAAAUGGCACUAGCCGAGAGUAUGGUAAAUGGAUGUUGCUGUGGGUUGACGACCACGGUGAGGGUUACGGCGAGUUAAACGUUACCGCUGGGGAGCGUGGCUCUCUCCACGCGAGGGUGUGCGAUUAGGCGUUUUGUUGGUUUGUUGAGAGUGACUGUGGGUACAUGCUGUGUACGUCUGAGGUCUGUGCUGGUCCUCAAGGGAGGACUGCUAGUGGGUAAGAGCAGAAUUUUUUUUUGUUGUUGUUGUCACGUGUAAAUAAUAUUGUUGUUAAAAUGUAAAUACUGGGGCAUCGAUCGCGGUUAAUUUGGGUAAUUAUUGGGGUUUUUUUUUUUAAGCGGGCCGGAUUUACAUCAUCUCCACUACCCUGAGGCCGGGUGGCUGUCGUGUACGACAUGCGGAUGUGCGUUGUUGUGCUGUGCCUCAGGGGAUUGGAUUCUCCUUCUCGUCACAGAUUCUUCAGCUCCCGUCGCACUGGGUGUUACCUGGUGUGCUAGCUGGAUGAGGACUUGAAGGAGCAAUUGAGCGCCGUUCGUCAUUCUGCUCUACCACUUGCUCUUUGAUGUUGGACUUGAGCCGAGCGGAUGGAACAACAACAUGGACACGCUUUGAGACACCACAUUUCUGGGUUGUGCGCGUGUGCCAUUUUUGCGUGUUGGUGGCCGUUGUUGUGCUUUGUGCUAUUAUUAUUCUUGUUGUUCUGUUCCGGUUCCUGAUCCUUCCCCUUUUGUUACUUGUUGUUGUUGUUAUAAGGUCUAUUGUGUCUGGGGGACUCCUGGUUGUGUGUUCUGUUUCAGCCGAGGACGGCUGGAAUUUUCUCUACGGGGGAGGGUGGUGUAAUGCGGGCGUAAACGGCUUGGCGGAUGUGACGUCAUGUGGGGUGGAGUCAGGGUCACGUGAGAGGGAGAUGGUAUAGCGGUGAGACAGGAAGAGAUCGGGGCCAGUCGGGUAAGGGAAGAGUGGAGACCACGUUGGGUGGUCGCCGUGCCCUCAGCCUUGUGGCUGAGGGGAUCGGUGACAGCGCCAGCCAGCGGGAUGGAAGAGAGUUGGUUGGAGACUGGACGAGGGUGAGGCCACGGAGGACGAAAGCUGGGAGCAGCGAGUGCAGCAGAGGGGCUGCGUGUGGGAAACAGCAGCGAGGCUGCUAGGGGCUACAGCAGCCUGGGGCUGCAGAGCAAAAGGGCUACGGGAGCGACACGAGGAGACCAGCAAAGAGGCUAUUGGUGGCGACGGGUGCGGCAGCAGCGUCGGCGACGAGCGGAGGGCCUGAGAGUGAGACAGCCGUGUGGGAAGAGAACGCGAACCCAAAUAAAGGACACGGAGACAGAACCAGGGUCGAGUCCUUUAUUACACUUUUAUAAAGUUACAUGCUAAUUUCUCUGCAUUCACUUUAAAUCUAGGACGAAGUUUUUCCAUUUAUUCAAAAUAAGCGCACAAUUACACACUGAGAUGCACUUACAUAUUCAUGCAUGAAGCACAAUGGGCACAUUACUCUUCGGUAUGUUAAUAGACAUGCGGAUUGUGCCUUCCAAAAUUAACAAUCGAAUGCAAAUAUCCUGAAAGACAAAGGAUUGGAUCCUAGGGGGGGAGUUAUAAGGCGGCUCAGAAGCAGAGCUCAAUGCCAUUUCGAGAGGAAACUUGAUGAGGUUGGACGCUCGACUCGUCGCUCUGCUGAUCGCCCUUCAACCGCGAGACAACGCAGCCUGGCGAGCACAAUUGCUGUCGACAGUUAGGCGACUUUGCGUCGGGAGAGUUCGUGGCGACAUCUUCAGAGGGGUUACAGACAUCGAUAUACCGUGAAUCUCCAAGUGUCUAUUUUCGCGAGAAACUCUUAAACGUGUUCGACGACAAAUUAGCGGGAUUUUUUUGCAUCUCGGUUAGACGCGAGUGUCGUUCUUGUUUUACCAGUUAACAAAAUCCAAAACUCAACGCUAAACAUCCUUGUGCCGAUAGCGUACCUUUGACUCGAUAACACCGCUGCUGUUACUACGCUCACAUGGAGCAGAGACGCUCUCCACAGCCCCACGCACACGGAUGCAAGAAGCCAUUCAAUUGCUCUGUGUGUGGGAAGUCAUUUUCAUGGCCAUCAUAUCUUAAGAGACACCAGAGAACACACACGGGUGAGAAGCCAUUCUUGUGCUCUGUGUGUGGGAAGGCAUUUGCACACUCGUCAACUCUUCAAGACCAUCAGAGAACACAUACGGGCGAGAAGCCAUUCCUGUGCCAUGUUUGUGGGAAGACAUUUGCACAGUCAUCACAACUUCAGAGUCACCAGAGAACACACACGGGCGAGAAGCCAUUCCUGUGCCCUGCGUGUGGGAAGGCAUUUUCACAGUCGUCAACUCUUUACAGACACCAGAGAACACACACGGGCGAGAAGCCAUUCCUGUGCCCUGUGUGCGGGAAGACAUUUGCACAAUCGACAACUCUUCAAACUCAUCAGAGAACGCACACGGGCGAGAAGCCAUUCCUGUGCCCUGUGUGUGGGAAGACAUUUGCAGACUCAUCAACUCUUCAAACUCAUCAGAGAACACACACGGGCGAGAAGCCAUUCCUGUGCCCUGUGUGUGGGAAGGCAUUUGCACACUCAUCAACUCUUCAAGAUCAUAAGAGAACACACACGGGCGAGAAGCCAUUCCUGUGCUCUGUGUGUGGAGGGGAACCGUCGGGCGACAGUCCUUACCCCGCGAGCGAUGAGCCCAGCGGCGGCAGCAGCUGUUCGCAGACCAGCGAGGGGUCGGGGAACGGCGGGACCCCUGCAGUCGGCGCCCAGCAGGGAGAGGCCUCGGGGGCCAGCGGCAAAGACAGGACCACGGUGUGA